CCCAUGUCACUGCCACAUGACUAUCCCAGUGCAACUUGCUAAACACAAAUACACACACAGCACAGGCAGGCAGCACAGCUGCACAGCAGCACAGGCACAUAGCACAGCACAGCACAGCUAGCUGCUGCUAAUGUAAAGGUAUAGCUAUGAUAAAUGGUGUACAGAAAAGCGGCAAACUCCACAGCUGAUUGGCUGCCAGAGAGGUCUCGUUCCAUGGAUGCAGCCCCCUCCUGCAUUCUCACUGCCGGGGAGGAAAAUAGGAACAUUGCAAAACACUUUCCCAUUGAUCGGGAAAUGGGGGAACUUCUAUCCUCUCCACUUGGCAAGAGCAGUGGUCAGUGCAUCCUGUGCCAGCAGCCAGCCCUCCUAACCUGCUGAGCUGGCAUCUUGCAUUACAUUCUCCCUUUUACUGAUUUUCUUUUUUUCCCCCAUUGCACCUUUUUUUUUUUUUUUUGCUGAUAAGGGACAUUUAUUACCCAGGCGAUCAGGAUUGAAAGAGGUGUUGGAGAACAAGUACCAUCUGUGACUAUUCUUCAUCAUCAUCAUCAUCUGCUCCUUCUUGCCGUGCAAACUGUCAGAGGAGAUGGCACGGCCAACAGCCCAGCUGGCUGGCAACGAGAAGAUACAGGGCCAACAGCUGCAUCCUACGCCUCCCAUAGGUGUACCAGGGUCUGGGAUGGUGAGCCUGAAGAGCUUGCUGCAAGGGCCCAUAAAGGGGCAAGAACGCAGGGCAAAAGACCUAACCAAUUGUAUCGUGAAGGAUAAAGAGAGAAAAGUAGAGGAUGAAAUGUCUGGACCCCGUCCUUCUCACUGUGCUUUCCUUGGAUCCCUUUUAUGGGAACGCUCCUUGCCAUACAAUGAAAUAGAAUAUGUUGACCUGGAUGAGUUCCUAUUGGAAAAUGGACUGCCACCAAGCCCACCUCACCAGCCUUUCUCACCAGCCAACCUGACACCACCUCCGUCUAAUCAGUCAGUCGUUGACCUCAGCCGACCAGCGUCGUGCGCCUCUACUUCUUCCACUUGUUCCUCUCCAGGACAGAGCAUGAUGGGCAGUGAAUAUGAACACCCAAGUGGCAAAGCAGGUCAGGGAACUCCUUUGUCGAGAGAAAGUCCCAGUCCUGUGGACCCAGAGUCUGUGGAAGUAAUGAUGAACUUUGACCCAGAUCCCGCUGACCUUGCCUUGUCCAGCGUACCAGGACACGAGACCUUUGACCCAAGGAAACACAGAUUUUCUGAAGAGGAACUAAAACCUCAGCCUAUCAUGAAAAAAGCACGAAAAAUCCAGGUGCCAGAUGAACAGAAGGAUGAGAAAUACUGGAACCGGCGAUACAAAAAUAAUGAAGCUGCCAAACGUUCACGAGAUGCUCGUCGGCUAAAGGAAAACCAGAUCACAGUCCGGGCAGCCUUUCUGGAGAAAGAGAAUGCAGUGUUGCGCCAAGAGGUAGCCAAAAUUCGCCAAGAACUCUCUCGUUACAGAAACAUCCUGUCAAAAUACGAGUCGCAGCAUGGAACCUUGUAAAGAACAGAGUAAAGGGGUAGCUGUCCCACUUGGUUGCACGAACUAACAUGACUUCACAAGAUCCUUUCCCCCCCACGAUCUCUUUUUGUUGUUUCCCCAAGCUUGCCCUUGUUCACCGACGAGCAACACAAGAUUUAGACGGCAAAAGGGACCCACUGGAAGCAGGCCAUCAAACUUGUUAUUUUGCCUUGCUUCCUCUAAAUCCCAGCAUUCCAUCAGGACCUCCCUUUCUGCAGGAAAAGGGUGCUAUGUUGACUAAUAAACAGUAUGGGGCAUCACCAGCAAUUGGGCAAAGAGAAGAGAGGAAAAGGAAGCAAAAUCCGACUCUGAGGAAGCCAAAGCUGAUUUUGAUUCUGAACACAGGCACUAUCCAAUACACCAGCUAGCACUUAAGGCUAAUUACUGGUACCUGACAAUCCUUGCACAUAAUUUUCCAGUAGCAUUGCAUUUCUUUUGAUUAUUUUUUUCUAUCUGUUAGAAAAGGUAGAUGGAUACAACAUGAAUGAGAUAUAAAAAGUGUAAAAACAAAUGUAUAUAUGUAAAGGGAGUAUGGAAUAUUGAACAUUUAUUGCAAUUUAACAAGCAGAAAAGGUGUUGAACAAAUAUUUUUUUGAAAAUAUUGGUUUAGGACUGCAGAGAUUUGGUACAAUACUAUAGUAUUAAAGCGUAGAUGGGCAACCUCAGUACUAUCACUGGUGCAAACUACAUGUUUGAUCUCUGGCGACAUUUCUCAGCUGGCUGUUGACCACUCUGGAGAUAAGUUGGGAAUGGACACUAUAGGAGACUGAGUUCAGUGAUGUUUGGAGUGCUGAUGAGUGCACAUCCUCGUUUUAAUGUCCUUGUUGCCAGAACAAAGUAAUUCCUGCAUGGAGAAGGCUCAAAAUCAUUACUAAAUUGAACCCUUUCUUGUGGUGAAUUUUAUGGCAUUGGGUUUACAGCCAACCGUGUCGGUCAACUGACCAAACCCAAGCAAAUGAAUAGCCCCCUCCCCCCCAAGCUUGUUGAUGAAAGAGCUGCUUCUCUUUUAAUCAUCAAAUACAUGUGUUUGAUUGUUUAUUGUUUUGUUUUUUUAUACGUAGUUAUUUUUCAGAAGAAAAUUGUGAUCUUUAUUAAGUUGUUUUUUCAUUUUCAACUUGCGUGUAAAUGACCCAUCCCUGUAAUAUGUUUUUAAACCUUGUUUGAUCUGCCGUAUUAGAGCCAUAUGUUGUCAAGACGAUCAAUUUUUCUAUUUCUUAACAGUUCUAAAACCGUUCUUGGCUUUUGUUAUACACAGUUGUAUUCAAACGCUGAACACUCAAUAUUUUGACCACUGUUUUAGAGCAAUGCUAUCAUAACUGGUGUACCACAGGAUGGCUCUAAGGAUAGUUUGUGGCUACAGAAUGGGUUAUUUUAUAACACUGCUGUGGUGUCCUAGCAAAAACCCAAUAGUGCACAUGUGGUUGAUGCUAGGCAAAUCUGGUGCUCCUGAUCAAAGUUGACUCACUUUUUGCCUGCAGAGGGUCUAAGGAAAUGAACGGGAGCAUGCUUACCAAAUCAAGAUUGUCAGACUAUAUUUUCACAACCAGACACUGGGAACCCUCUUGUGUCACUACAGCAUUAAUCAGUGGGCAUAAUAUUCACAGUGCAAGCCAAAUUACACCGCAAAUUGGUUUGCUGGUGCUCUGCAUUGAAUAGGAUAUAAAUAUUGUGUCAGCUGAUAGCGACAUUGGCCCAGUCAAGAAGGAAAGGUUAAUCCGGUCAAAUUUUUGUUAGAAAUGAAUUCUCAAACAUUAACUAACUAUGGGCGUAUAAAGGUGAAAAUAUGCGUGGAACACGGUGUUAUCAGCACAUGCUGUGAAUUUUGAAAUUGUCGCAGUUUCUUUUUAAAACAAAGUAUUUAAUCACGGGUGAUAGCCAUACAUUAUAUGCUUGCGUCCCUGUUUCGAGAUAAACACGCACUUAAUACUUAACCUGCACAGACCAUCCUUAAGGUUUUCUAAGGUGAAAAUGUUAUUUGAAGUAGAAUUUAAGGUGCCACAUGUUAAGCAAUAUUUGUCACAUUUAAAACAUUCAUAGAAGAGUUUAUUAAGACACAUUGCUUAAUCUUUCAGUUACAAGGAGUGUGCUCAUUAGUAUAAAUUUAAUUCUAAUGGAAAUCUCAUUAUGGCAUAUUCCGUUCUUAGCAAGAAACUAAAUGGAAUAUGCAUCAGGUUCAUUAGUCAAUAAGAAGAGUAGCCACAUACGGGGAAUGGAAACAAAUGGGUUAUUGGAAUCUAAUUCUGGUAGAAUUAAGGCUUCUUACAGUUAAAGGACUAUGGCUGCAACAGUAAUUCUGGUGCGGAAAUGCUACUACUGUAGCAUUGGGCUGCAGUCAAUCACGAAACCUUAUUGUCAACAGCCAUAGAACAAAUCAAUCAGUGGGUUUUUCUAUAUACUGUAGAAGCCAGGCGUAAAUAACAGGAAAACUACCUAAACUACCUAAAUAGACUGAAGGUUAAUCGCUUCGUAAAAAGGCUGGCAGAUGUAUGUCUGGGGGGGCAUAUUAUUCUCAUUGACCCAGAUAGUAGCCCUUACACGUGUGUAUGUGUGCGUAUGUGAUCCACAGUUCAACAGAUAAAUAUAUAUUUAUACACACACACUCUCAUACCUCAUGACGAGAAAUCAAAUAAUUUUACCUUUAUAGUUACACUAUAUGCACUAAUUCAUCCUAAUUGCCUGAGACCACUUACUCAAAGUACGAAGUUAACUGAUAAGCAAAACCAAAAUAUACAGUAUAUGAGCACAACUUUCUGUAUCUAACCCAUGUCAAACAAAACAUUUCUAAAGACUGUUGUUACCAUAGCACAUUCCUUAGUUCAUUAUUUGCUAGCACCGUAGGAUACCCUAGUUCUCUUGAUCUGUGAUAAACAUGUUGAGACAAAUAGUUUAAAUGGUAGUGUGACACCCAACUAUAUUAGCCUACCUAUAUGGACAAAAACGAGAAAAAGAGGACAGCUAUCUGAUAAAAAAAAUUAAUUAAUAUUUAGUAUAAAUCACAUAAACUGCUGAAAAUCAAACUCACAAUAUGUAGGUUUUGUACACCUAGCUGUCUGGAUUCAGACGGACCCUAGUUUUGUACUAGCAGUUCUAGUCAGAAACUUUGGGGCAGAUGUAUUAACCUGGAGAAGGCAUAAGGAAGUGAUAAACCAGUGAUAAGCACCAGCCAAUCAGCUCCAAUAUGUAAAUUAACAGUUAGGAGCUGAUUGGCUGGUGCUUUAUCACCUUGCACUUAUCACUGGUUUAUCACUUCCUUAUGCCGUCUCCAGGCUUAAUACAUCUGCCCUAUAGUCUGUUAUCAUGCGCAAGGUAUUUUGUACAUGAUGUUUCAAUUACAUUUAUACAUCCAUUGUUGUGAGUCUACAUUUGGACUCUUGUGUGAUUAUUUACCACGUCCCACUUCUCCAGAAUCUGGAAGACAAAGGAGAAUGAAUGUUUGUGGAAGCCUGGUGUGUAGAUCUGUAGUCAGUGUACAUUACACCUUUUGAUUUGCACUAGCUUAUAAUGAAUACAGAAUACCGUUGUAGAGUUUUUUGGGUUCUUAUAAAAUAUUGAGUAUGUUUUGUUUUCCUCAACUGAUCUUUGUAUUUUCUAGAUGCUUUCUGUACUCAAAGACAUCUCAUAUUUACUUGUCUGAAAUUGACAAGCCAAAAAAAAAAAACACUUCUAAAGGUUUGACCCAAAUCUCUGGGAAUCUUUCUUUCUUAUUUUGCAUGAGGCACUUUGAAACGUAAUGAGCUACAAAUAUUUUUCAUGUUAAAAUGGAUGCACCUUAUGCACUAUUUAUAGUUGUCACAAAAUGCCACUAGAUGACAAACUGAACGACUUGCUGUCAGUAAUCGUACUGGGAGAUCCUGUCUGAGGGUAAAUACUGGAGAAUUUAAAGACUUUUCACAUUGAUGUUUACAUAGCUGCCAGCAUUAUUACCGUAACAAAGGAUAGAUUUGUUGCAAUUUUAAUGUAGUUCCCACUUUGUUUUCUUAGAUUAUUGUUAACCAAGCGAUCUAAACCCUGGGUGCCUUAUUGUAUGGUACAGAUUGUAUGCUCCUCGUCACUGGUUCCAUCUCAUGUCUCCUUACGCCAUGCAGACUACUGGUAGCGUGGAUUUCAUUAGAACCUGGCGCUUGGUUGUCAUGCUUGGCGUACAUGUCCAGUUACAGAAGAUUAAGGAUAAGUCAAGUUCUUGGGAGACAAGUGAGGGGGCCAAUAGAGAGACACAAGGCUAGGGGGGCACCCUCUUAGCGCCUAAAGCUACCCUGGUUACCAUAGAAAACAUUACGAAAUUGGACAUGUUUAAAUUACUUUUCAAAGUAUAGGACAAUCAAUAUUAAUUGAGUGGUUAUAUUAAAUGUAAUUAUGUUUAUCGUUAUGCUACAGCUUACCAUGAAUUUUACUGUUCUGAUACCUAUUAGCUAAAAAUGAUAUAAAUGCCAGACGUUUUCUAGAAGAUUUUUAUAUGAAAUGGAAUUAAGGAUCACUAAUUGCAAUACAAGUUGCUUUAUAUUAAAGAGAUACUAUAAACAUUUGCAAAUAUACAUUGUACACAUUUUAGACUUCCAUCAAAGGACGGUACAAUAUGCCUCUUAUAACCAGUUGUUGCAAAAACAAAAUAUUUUACAUGUGGAGAACAUUAAAUAAAUGGCUUGCUUGGACGUGAUCAUAACGAAGAUCAAUCAGGUUUGAGAAACGUUGAACAGGCUCAAAACUGAGUGAAUUUUUCAAGCUUGAAAAUGAUCGAGACCCUUGCACCAUUUCUGAAAUCCAUUCAAUUACUAUUUGUUAAUACUAUUAGUGACUAUUUGAUAUAGAGCAAUUUCUAUUUAAGUUUAGUGGUCCUAAAGUUAUAUAAAUAAAAUAUUAUGAAAAACUGAUUUUAAUAGUCAAAAAACAAACUCUAACAAAAAUGGUCAAAUUUUUUCAAUGUUACCAAAAGACAAAUCCAGGUGUGUUAUUGUAGUUCUUAUGUCUGCUUAUAAAAAAGAUGGUACUCCUUCAGGUGGGAAAAGCUUCCUUGAAAUGACAUGGGCACAAGUUAAUGCUGAUUCCAACCUGCUGGUGUACAAUAUUUUAAUAAUCAGAAAAAAACUUAUUGAAGACAAGCAUUCAUGGUAAAACCAUUUCAUCAUUGAAUAUAAAAAUAUAUUAUAUUAGUAUUACUGUCGCAGACAACAGAUUUUUCUUUUUUUAUUGUCACCUGGGUUAAUGAAAUCUGAUAAUUUGGCAAUGAAUAGAUUUCCAGGGCUGCCUACAUGCUAGCUGUCCUACUGAAAUGUAAUACAGUAGGCCAAUUAACUUUCUCAGGGAAAUCGGGGGCUGCAGGAAAGCAUUUAAUGGUCACAUUAACCAGUGGAGAUCACUUUGAGAUUGGGAAAUAUAUGAUGGGUGGGAUACAUUUGAAAACUAGAUUUGUUUUCUAACUGGUAUCAUUUUCUCCCAUACAAUACAAUUAAUCUCCUUAUUUCUUCAUAUUUAUUGGUGAUAAUCUCUACAAUUAAAUUAAGACAAGCUCAGAAUAUUAGAUUCCCAUUGCAGUAUCUCUGUGGGUAGCGGGGACCGCCACAAUCUUGAGUAAAUUAUCAAGCAAAUCCAAUUUUCAUGCCUUUAAUGAAUUGGUGCACACUUAGGAGGAGAUGUAGAGAACCUUUUUGCCUAUAAUAACUAAUCAGGUUCUAGCUAUCCUUGAUCUAGUAUAUACUUGAAAAUGAUAGAUAGACUCUGAUAAGAUACGGAGGGCAACACAUCCACAAAUCCUCUUCAGAGGGGUUGAUAAAUCUUCCCCUUAGAUGUUUACGUUGCCCAAAAUAAUUAGAUGGUGGAAUGUUUGUAGUAGAGUCUGUGUUGAGUUUAAGAAUUUCUCAUCUAAAAUAAAUACAUCCUCUUUUUAGUGAACUCAUCAUAAUGCCUUCACUUAUUACCAGGUAUCUUAAAAGGCCAAUAAUUGUAUUAAACUUUUAUAUAACACUACUCUCGACAUACCACCUUUUUUCUAUAAUGGAGGUAUACGGAGAGGGCCCUAAAUAUUUUACUAUAUUGGUUUUAUAAGCUGCCAAAUGUAUGGUUAUAGUUAGCACAAGAAAAUAUAUUCAGAGAAGAGAACAAUAUAUAUAUAAAGUUAUAUUAUAUAGAUGUAUAGAUAUAUUUAUUUUAUCAUCCAAGAAAUAUAUUUGUAAGCAAUAAAGUUCACAGAUAACACGGGGCUCGAUUUUCCUUUGAUAAGAUAAAGAUAUAUGGUUUGGUGCUUGUGUCCUAUUUUUGUUGUUGUUGCAAAAUCAUAUUAUGGAUGAAGCAUUUUGUACCAAUUAUUGCAAUACUGUUAUGAGUAAAGCUUUUGUGUUUUGUGUU